ACCGUCAAAGGGGAUUUUUGUGCUCUCGAUCGGGAGAAGGAGCAGCGUGUGGGCUUGGGGUAGUGGAAAGGGCAGGAGAGGAGGAGAAAUUGGGUGAAGGCGAUUUGGGGAGGCUUUGAGGUCCCAAGCUGGCCACAGCGGACAGUUGUUCCCCCCCUGCGAAGACGUCGCUGACUGGGCUUGCCCUGGCCACGACUUUGAACUUGAUUGAACUCUCCACAGUGCGCCCUUUGCUCGACCAGCAUCAAAUUGUACAGUGCGGAAACGCCGCCGGACGGCAACAACGUCCAGGGCUCAGGCGAAUUUGACAAGCGAGGCAUCGCGCUGUGGACCUAGGGAGCCCUUUGCCCAGUGCCCACAGUCAGCCAGAUGAUGCCCAAUCCGGCUGGCAGGGCAAAUGAAGCUGCUGCUGGGCUGUUGUCGAUUUCAGCCCCCUCACUUGCCUCUGGCCAACGCGGUCCCAUCGGUCCUGGCCAGACCAGCCGUGCCAGCGCACCAGUUUGCAGCUGCCUUGGGAGUACCUAGGUCCAAUACAUUUGUAUGCUUGAUCAUUUAACAAGUAAGCAGGAUAAGGACACACGUAUCCUGAUGAUCAGGUAAAGGCACCGUCACGAGGCUCAUGCUACUCCGAGGGCCUCGUAACAUUCAGGUUCUUGGCAGGCCUCUGGUUUUGGGCAGUCACGCAACGGAACUCGCCAUGCGCUUCCGACAGCUCAAACAACCUGCUUCGAGUUCCCGAUCAGCAACCCGCGCCAGUUUUGAUCGGAUAGCCCAACUGUAAACCUUGUGCGUCCUCGUCCCGUCUGUCUGCUGGGCUUCGCAGCCUGCCAAAACAGAGAUGCCGGAAUGCGCGCUAGGCCUGGACGUUCUGGCCCAGAGAAGGUUCGACGGGACAUCCAUGAGGUUGCUUAGCUGAUCUGAGGACCCGACAGUGCGGGUCAAACAUUUGUCAUAACUUAGGAAAUGCUUUUUGAUCGAAUGCCGCCUAUCAAAAGCGCCUGGAGACGUUCGCUGGUAGUG